GAUAUGCACUUCAGUGCAGACACCGGCUGUAACAGGACGUACGACUCAGAGCUCUCUCAACACACAAAUACACAGAAAGCCAUCAUGACUUCCAAAAUGGUCAACAGCCAGCCUCAGUGUGUGAUGGACACCCGGGACUCUGAUGAGUGGGGAUCAGGGAUCUGUGACUGCUUUCAAAAUGUGCCUGAGUGUUGUUUUGCUUUCUGGUGCUGUCCCUGCUUCGCCUGUAAAACAACCAAGACAUAUGGGCAGGGUCUCUGUCUCCCCCUGUUGGACAUGUCUUGUUGUGUCCCUCCCGUCACCAUGUCCAUGAGGGUCUCCAUGAGGGAGCGCUACGCCCUGCAGGACACCAUGUUUAGGGACUGUCUGUUUGCCACCUUCUGUACGGCCUGCAGCUGGUGUCAGAUGUCCAGAGAGAUGAGGAGGAGAAACCAUUAAGUCGUCCUAGUCAGUGCCAAGAACACAUGAGUUCUCUCCUGUCUCCUGACCGCCACCAAGGCUGUAACAUGUUCCAUUAACACACAGCCUGCUGCAGCUUUUCUAACACAUCUAAACAUUAUAUAUACACUGUACACUGAAGCCUAUGUGAAAGAGACGAGCCUACAUUGAAAGAAAAUAAACGUUGACUUUAAUUGAAUGUGUUAUGUCACAGAUUUCACAUAACUGCAUCAUGUUAGUUUGAAGCAUAAUAUUAAGUUAACUUAAAGAACAUUAGGUUCAACUUAAUAUUAUUGCUUUCAACUAACCUAAUACAGUCAUGUCAAUGA